AUGCUCGCUUCCUCGGCUCCUCGGAGCUCUCGUACGAUUCUGGGAGCAUGGAACCAUCUCCCACGGUGUAUUGGCUCGCCAUGGCCCGCCCACCCCGCGGUCGCGACGGCGAGCGGAUCCAACUCGUCCAGCACGUGCUCAUCGUCGUCGCCGCGAUCAUUCAGCAGCUCCUCCCGAUCCACGUUCAUCUUCAACCGUCGGCCACCGCCACCCACGGCGAGCAAGCUGCUGAGCGAACUCAACGAUGCCCGCCAACAGGAGCGGCUGGAUCUGAUCGGCAAGCUGUACCCCAAGUUCGUCAAGGCCGCGCGCGACGAAACGGAGCAGCUCGCCGCGAACCGAGAGGCGACACGAGGUACACCCGCCCCGCCGCCCGUGUUUGACCAUGCUCGACUGAGGGCCGUGCUCGCCUUUGUCGCGUCGACGGACCGGCUCGACCUGCUGAUGCGCAUGUUCACCGACCUGCACUCGCUCCGCAUCCAACCGGGCCGCGUCGACCACCACCUACUCCUGCGCGGUUUGUGCAAGGCCGGCAAGACCGACGCCGCACUCAAAUGGAUCGAGCGCAUGCCCGACACGUAUUCGGUCACCCCCAUCGUCAAGGACUGGAACGUCAUCAUCUCUGGCUUCCGUCGCGCCAAGCAGCUCGACCGCGUUCGGGCCACGAUCGAGCGCAUGCGCCAGUUCGACAAGCGUCCCGACGUCUACACCUACAACAUCGCUAUCAGCGCCGCCUUCGAGGCCGACGAGAUCGCACAGGUCAGGGAACUCGUCCAGGAAAUGCAGGAGGCCGAGAUCGAAGCCGACGCAUGGACAGAGACCGCGCUGCUCUCGGGUUUCGUCGACAAGGGCGAGUUGGCCAGCGCCAAAAUCGUUCAUCGGCGGUUGGUGCGCGUCAUUAACGAGGAGAUGGUCGGGAAGCCAUCGUGGGAGCGGGAUGUGGCCGCCGUCAAUGCCGUCAUAGCGUACGCCUGCGCGAGUGAAGGCGUCAAGGCCGGUGUGCAGACCACGAAUCGUUACCGCGAUCAGGGGUUCAUCCCCGACGCAUGGACGCUCAACACCCUGAUCAAGUACGGCUCCAAGCAGGUCGACACAGUAGAAGCGGCGAUCGAACUCAUCGAGCACAUCGAGGACGUCACCGGCUCCGUUGGCGAUCGGAGGUCUUGGGCUUUGCUCAUCCACCGCCUCCUGCGGGCUUCGUCGGGUGGGCUCGACCAGGCGCUGGGACUUUACCAGGAGAUGCGCGAUCGUUCCGUACCCAUCAGCUCUAGUAUCGUGCAGCCUCUCAUCGAUGGGCUUCUGUCUCAGCCGUCGUCCCAAUCGUUGGCAUCGGCCAAGGCGCUCUACGAAGACCUGGCGCAAGCAUCCAAGUCGUACAAGCUGGGGCCGGACCAUUCGAUCUACAUCACCCUGCUCCGGGCCUGUGCGUCGCGUGCCCAUCCCGAUCUCGCUUUCUCUCGCACCCUUGUGGCGGACAUGCGCGAGCGAGGGAUCAAGUUGGACGGCACGUCGGCGACAUGGCAUAUCAUUGGGUUGAUGCGCGCUUCGUCUUCGUACGAGGAAGCGUUCACGGCCUACGAUCAGAUCCGAGCUCUCGAUGCGAGCGUCUACGAUCUACAGAGCUACAACACGAUUCUCUCGGCCUUCACGUCGCUCAAGUUUGAGAACGCGGAGGACAGUGAUUCCGCCCCUCCCAAGAUCAUUCUCGAGUUCCUCUCCGACAUGCGUUAUAGCAAUUGCCCCGCCGAUUCGGCGACCUACUCCCUCUUGCUGAGCUACUAUUCUCGAGCCCCCUCGACGAGCACAUCGACGAUCGUGCACCUGCACUCCCUAAUCAAGCUCGAUAGCUCACUCGAUCCCGAUACACCGUUGUUCAACUCGCUCAUGGGGGCCUAUGCUCGCGUAGGUGCUUACUCGACCGCCUAUCGGAUCUGGGACACUUUGCGGAUCAACGCCGGCCGAGGUCCAGGUCCCAAAGUCGACGAUCGAAGCGUUUCCAUUUACCUCGAUACGUGUGGAUUCGACGGAUCUUCCGAAGCGAGGAAACGGGGGGAGGAUGUAUGGGCUUCGUUGGAGAAGAGCAAGUUCGUCGGGGUGAUGAGGAACGAGAAGCAUUGGUCGAGUUGGGUCGAGGCGUUGUGUAGGUGGGGAAGGUACGAUGAGGCGGAGAAGGUGGUUUUCUCCAAGGAAGGGAGGAGUAGGGGUGGUUUAGGGAUGGUCGAGACGUUGGUAAAGAUGUCGAGAGAGGAUGGGCCGGAGAGGGCCGAGAAGAUUUUGGAGCUGGUCAAGGAGCAUUAUGGGGAGAAGAUGAAGGCGUUUUAUUGA